CACAACCCUGUCAUAAUUUGAUUAUUGAAAGAAAAACAAAGCUAAUUAUGCAUUUGGUGUUUUUGUUUAUAUAAAAAUUUAAAUAAAAUGGCAUCAACAAGUAAAAAUAUGAAAAUCGGUUCAUUUGCCACCGGGGGAAAAUUGAGUGGUAAAAUAGGACCACAAGCGAAUAAUACACCACCAUCACCCGACGCUGAAAGUACCAGUGGUCUUGCUAUCCCAAUAAUAAAAACAAAAGAUUGUGCUAAACAAUUGCCCACAUAUACAGCUGCAUUAAAUCGGUCGUCUGAAGAAUCUAUAGCUGCGGAAGAUUUGGACAAUAUACAGUUGGAAUUAGAAACUUUGCUGUCAAGUGUGGCUUUAAGGUAUAGAGUAUUGAAAUCCGAAUACGAGAGUUUGGAUAAAGACGAAAAGAACAAGGAUAGAAAAAAUAAAAAUGCUUUACAAAUUGCCGGUCAAGUGGGUGAUAAACAACCGACUUCACCGGCUGCUUCCGUAGUCAACAGCGGCAAGCGUAAACGAGAUGAAACAUCAUUGGUGCGAAAACCAAAGCACGCUACAUUGAAACAAGCUAAAAAUCCAAACGCUAAGAAUAGUCCACUGGCUCCUCUGACCGAUGACAGCAUGGACUAUGCUCCGGGUAUUCAUGGUGCUAGUAGGGAUCUCCAAAAGCCUUUACCGGCAAAAAUUGACACUCCCAAUAAAUUUUGGCUGUCUGUGGAGCCAUAUUGUAUGCCCUUGACUAAUGAAGAUUUGCGUUUGUUGAAUGACCUCCUGGAGCAAUACAAUGGUCCUUUGGUACCGCCGAUUCCCGAGCUGGGUCCCCACUAUUCUACAGUAUGGGCUACAGAAGAUUUAAAGGAAAUACAACAGGGUUCUAAUUCAAAUACAAAUAAUCGACUAAAGCCACAAAACAAUGGGGCCGCUAUGAAUAUUCUGAAAAAGGCCGACUCCAUUGCCGGUGAAUGUGUUACAGGACCUCUAACACAACGUUUAGUUUCGGCAUUAAUGGAGGAGCAGUUGUUGUCUAAUGCUGCCGACAUUGUGGCAGAGAAUAGCAAUAGCAGCAGUGAAAAUACCCACUCUUCGGCUCCCAUGAACUUUAGAUCCUUUUCCAUGCUGCGCAAUUGCAUUGGCAUUGAGAAGCGUGUUAAAAAAGAGUUAAUCGAACAGGGAAUUCUGGAUAUAUCAGAUUUCCCCAACAACGACGAGGAUGAAAUUCACAAUGAAAUUAAACGUCUAGUGGCGGAACUCUCCACAAUUGCAGAAUACAAUAGUGGUGCAUUACGUCGCCUGCAUGAUGCUGCAUCGGAGGAAAUAAAGCGAUUGGAUAUUAAACGUAAACUAGACCUAAUUGAUCAAGAAAUAUUGGAGACCUACAAGAGAACACUACAAAAUAAAGCCAAACGUAAGCCCUUAUCGCCUGAGGAACAACAGGAAAUAUAUCGUUUAACAGCUGAGCAGAAAAAUCUAUCCAAUCAAUUGGAACGUAUGCAGUCAAGCAUUUUUCUUAACGAAUAGUAUUAAAUGUAUCUUUGUAGUAUUUUGAAGUAAUUUGUUUUGGAAAGUGUUGGACAAAAUUAUAUUUCAAAUAAUUAUUAGAAAACUGCUUAAACUAUUUAAAAAUAAAUAAAUUCUAAUAAAUAA